AUGGUGAAGAAGAAGAACUCCACUGUCGCCACCAGCGCUGCGAGCAGCGGCGCCGCCGCCAAGGUUCCUCCACAUCCGCCGAGGAGAGGUGCUCCAGAUGCUCCUCCUCCAGCUCCGGCGCCGCCAAUGCCAUCAAGCUCCACGGCUGGGCCCUCCCCCGGCGAUUGGCCGUCAUCUACCACCACAAAGCGCGAUGAAAAGAAGGCCCGAAGCCUCGGACUGAUUUCUUCCGACGAGGGGAAUGUCAUUCUCCCAGCUGUGGAGGAGGCCAAAGCUUCGCCAGUGAAGAGAUCAUCCGGCGGCUUUGCCGACGAAGAUGAUCUUUUCGAUCUCGACGAAGGUUUCAUCGAGCCUCCAUCCAAGAAGGCCAAAUCUGACGAUGUUCUGCCGAAUCCUGCAGCUUCCGAGGCUUCAGCCCCUGCCGCAGCCUCCGCGGCCCAGAUAUCGACUGCUUCCUCCCUUUCAAAGGGGAAGGAUGCUCCUUCGACUGCUGCGUCCGCAACUCCUUCUUCAGGGAAACCUGAUUUGCAAGCUGUCAUAUCUUCUUUAGAGACUUUCGCCUCCCAAUAUACUUUCCUGGAAGCUGACAAGGCUCAACUGCAAAAGGAGGUCAAGUCUUCUUCCUCGAAGCUGGAGGGUGCAAUAAAAAUAGCUGCCGAAGCUCGCCAAGAAGUCGACUCCCUGAAGGAGGAGCUCGAGGGGCUGAAGAGAAGGCUGAAGGACGAAGAAGCAUCCAGGCUGGCCGCCGAAGCUUGGGCGAUUGAAAAGGAUGAUCUUCUUCGCCAAUCUUCCUUAGCUUUGCUCAAGGCUGCCGAUAUCCCUGUCGAAGCUUUGGACAAGCUUCCGGACAAUUCCCCGGCGAACGCUCUGUCGAUGACUCUUGCUUCUCAUCGGCUCACGCAGGACCUCCUCCAGAAGGGCAAGGGAGCCAUGACGCGGAUGCACUCGUUGAUCUUCCCCAAGAUUAAUUAA